AUAGAAUGUCUUGGUUUUUGAACCAAAGUGGUGGUUGUUAUCGUAAUGGUAAAUCUUACCCWAGGCAAAAGAGAGUUCAAGYCAUUUCUACGUAUCUCGCCACACAGUCCAAAGCAACGACCGCCGAAAUCUGCCGAGUGUCCUAUAACUGUGUUAAUAAAUACGUUGAGAUUUUCAGACGAAAAGCUUCAAUGACACCUCUUGCAAAAGGUAGGCCUCCUCAAAAAAUUACGUGGUGGAUGAGAGCGUAUAUGGAAGCAGUGAUUAGAAUCUAUCCUACUGCGUACCUACGUGAAAUGAGAGAACUACUCGCAAAAGAAUUUCMGCUUCAACACCACGAAGUCCCGUCCUUGUCUUCUAUUGUCAGGCUUUUUAGAGAGCUACGAAUAACUCGUAAAAAAUGUGUUUAUGUGGCUAGAGAACGAAUGUCACCACACAAUCAGCGCUGUCGCCAGUUAUUCAUCCAGUGGAGAAGAGCCGUUGAUCCCAGCCGUGUAUACUUUUUCGAUGAAACCCAUUUCGAUAUGGAAACUGACGAGCGAGAAUUUGGACGAACUGACUCUGGAUUGGCAUGUCCAUCGUUUAGACUGAAAGGAGGAACMCACGUCAAGUUAUCUACGUUAGGAACUUGUGGAUUUAAUGAGGGAGUCAUUCUAGMCGUCCCAGUUGUGGGAGCCUUUAAUACUUUGCUACUAAACGAGGUAAUUGAGAAGCAAAUUUUGCCAUUUUUGCCACGAAAUACCUAUUUAGUCGCAGAUAAUGCAAGUAUACACAACGAAGCUGCUUUAUGUCGGUAG